AUUUGAUUUGACUGAGCUAGUUUAAUCAUUUGAGUGAAGCAUGUUAUUGUUAUGCUUAUAUCAGACUUAUCAAGUUUUCAUCUGUUAAGCGUACUCGAAAGUUAUCUUCUUUUGGACUUUAAUUAGUGAUAUGCCUUGCAGUCUGCCUCUCUUACUCCUUCUACCCCCAAGCCUUCUGCCUCCUGUUCUCUAACCUUUGCAUGCCACUUGUGUUAUAGCUUUGAUUAGCUGUUAGCUUCUCCUAAGCUCUUGUGUGAGAUUUGUCAUAUGCAGGCUCCAAUAUAUGUAAAUAAGCAAAUUGUCUUGGCAGAUGCUGUUAGAAUAGGCAGAGUGCAUGAUAGAAAGCCUUCUUAUGAUGUAUUCCUUGACAGUGCUGCAGAUGGUCCAGAUUUACUGUCUACAGAACUGGAAUUGGUUAGAAAUAUUGAGUUAGCAGUAAAGGAGGAAAGAUAUGAUGAUGCAGCAAUGUGGAGAGACAAGCUAAUGAAACUUCGUAAUUCACAAGAUGAUCAUUAGCUGACCCUCCACGUAAGUCCACUCACCUUUAGGUGCUGGUUAAUUGGCUUAUAGGCACUCUCUUUUUGGGAGUGCAAUGCCUGACCAAGAGUGUAAGGAUAUAUUGUCCUGUUUGGCGGCAGCCCUGAUUACUGUAGUUCAGAUGUAGUUGACAUCUCCAGGGAUUUGUAGGAUGAACACUUGCCAGAAUGGAAGCUGUGGAGUCCUGACCUAGCAUUUCUCAGUAAUAAGGUAAUAUGCUAGGAACUAGUGUAAAUGUGUAAUUUAAGAUGCUUGCUUGAAAGAGGGCGUGUACAGAUUCAACUUAUAGUGAAGUUCCUUGGGGUGAAACAUGUUAUCUACUUUUUUUUUAUCAGCAAAAGAUAGUAUUAUUAAGUUGGAGUACAAGGGGUACUCGUACCUGUACAAAAAGAGUAGAUUAUAAGGGUAGGGUGAUACAAUCGACACAUUCAUAAGAAACAUGUUAUCUACUUGAUUUGUUCAUAUAGCCAAAAUCUGAUAUAUAUUCAAUUUGCAUAUUGAACUACGUGGAACAUGUUUGUAAUUAUUUUCACGAAUAUCUGGAAAAGAAUAUAUAUUCGGUUGGAAA